CAUAAGAACACAUGUUGAUAUAAUAUAAUAAAAAUUUAAGUUUUUAAUAUAACGAUAGAGACUACGAAAAAAUUAGUGGCACGAACCAUAAACUUAGACCGAGGAGGAUUUGUUGAGAGUUUCUUCAAAGAGCCAAAGUAAAGAUUAUUGAUGUUGCUUGAAUCUUUUCUUGAAAUGCUCAAUUCAGAUACAUAUCUCAAUCAUAUUUUUCUGUUAUCUCUUGACUUCCUACUGUUGUUCAUCUUGUUAGUUCUACUAGUUUUUAAGAUAUCAUUGAGGAAUUUAUUAUCUUAUGGAAUUACUAAGUUGUCAAUUUCUUCAACCAUUUUUAAUGGAUGUUUGAGCUUAGGAUACAUAGUAUUUGGAGUAUGGAAGCUUAAAGAGCAACACCAAGAAUAUGAACUUGUUGUCCAUGGCAUUACAUGGUUAUUUGUAAGUUUAUUCAUUAGCUUACGCAAGAAACAAACUUUCCUUAUAGUGAAGAUUUAUUCAAUCAUUGCAUUCUUGUUAGCAAUGUUUCUUUGCAUAACAUCUAUGUGGAAAUUUAAAUAUGAUCAUGGCAAUGCAAUAGAUUUAUUAAAUGGACUAUCUUUUGUUGGAGCAAUACUUUUGCUCUGCAUUGGAUUUAUUAAGGGAAGUGAAUGUGAUGAGACAUGUUAUAAGCCUUUACAAGAUUUUGAAGAUGGAAUUACUCCAUUUGCAAAUGCUGGAUUUCUUGGGAAUUUGUCAUUUUGGUGGUUGAAUCCAUUAAUGAAGAAAGGUAAGAGUAAGACUCUUGAGGACGAAGACGUUCCUCAUCUAAGAUUAGCCGAUGAAGCAGGAACAUGUUUUGAUCAGUUCAAUGAGAAAGUGGAUAUGCUUAAAAGAAAAGACCCUUUAGGAAAACUUUCUAUAUUAAUGGCAAUACUCCUCUGCCACAAAAAAUCUAUCCUGAUAUCGGGGGUGUUUGCUCUAAUUAAGGUCUUAACGCUGACAACAGGACCGUUGUUUCUUCAUACGUUUAUCAAGGUUGCUGAAGGAAGAGAAUCCUUUAAGUAUGAAGGAUUUGCUCUAACAGCUGGCUUUUUCCUUGCGAAAUGCUUGGAAUCUUUAGCGGAGAGGCAAUGGCUCUUCAGAAGUAGGCUGAUUGGACUACAAGUAAAAUCUUCACUCACUGCAGCUAUAUUUCAUAAACAACUCCAUGUCUUAAAUGCUGCAAAGAAAACUCAUUCCCCUGGCCAGAUAAUGAACUAUGUCACUGUGGAUGCUCAUAAAAUAGGUGAAUUCCCCUUUUGGUUUCAUCAGAUAUGGACGACAUUUCUUCAGCUCGUCCUAGUGUUAUGUGUAAUGUACUAUUCUAUAGGGGUAGCUGCAUCAGCAGCAUUAGUGAUUGUAAUAGUAACUGUCGUAGCGAAUUCCCCGUUAUCCAAGUUGCAGCUUAAGUAUCAGACUAACCUCAUGAUAGCACAAGAUAAAAGGCUAAAGGCAAUCACGGAAGCACUCGCGCAUAUGAAGGUUCUCAAGUUAUAUUCUUGGGAGAAACAUUUCAUGGACGCGAUAAGCAAGUUGAGAUCAGAAGAAACCAAGUGGCUUUCAUUUGUACAAACACAAAAAGGAUACUACCUCGUCCUGUUUUGGUCAUCUCCUAUUCUGGUCUCAUCUGCAACUUUUGUAGCUUGUUACUUGUUUGGAGUUCCUCUUCAUGUCAGCAAUGUUUUCACAUUUCUAGCCUCAAUAAACCUUGUUCAGCAACCUAUUAGAAAUCUCCCUGAUGUUGUUGGGGCAUUUAUUGAAGCAAAGGUUUCGCUGUCGAGGAUUGUGAAAUUUCUUGAGGAACCUGACAUGCAUACAAGGGAUAUGAAGAAGAAAAGGCAAGAUGAUGUGAACAUUUGUAUAAACUGCACUGAUGUUUCUUGGGAGAUGAAUACUUUAAAGCCUACAUUAAAGGACAUAAAUAUCGAUAUUAAACAUGGUGAAAAAGUAGCUGUAUGCGGUGAAGUUGGCUCAGGGAAAUCUACCCUCUUGUCUCUGAUUCUUGGAGAAGUUCCAUACAUCAAUGGCACAGUUGAUGUUUAUGGAAAGAUAGCGUAUGUUUCACAGACAGCAUGGAUUCAGACAGGGACCAUACAAGAAAACAUCCUAUUUGGAUCAAAUAUGGAACCACAAAGAUAUCGGCAAGCUAUAGAAAGGAGUUCACUGGUGAAAGACUUGGAGAUGCUUCCAUUUGGUGAUCUUACUGAGAUAGGAGAAAGAGGUAACAAUUUGAGUGGAGGGCAAAAGCAAAGGGUUCAACUUGCUCGUGCCCUCUAUCAGGAUGCAGAUAUUUACCUCUUGGAUGAUCCAUUUAGUGCUGUAGACGCACAUACCUCGACCAAUCUGUUUAAUGAUUACGUCAUGGGUGCUCUAUCAGGAAAAACUGUGCUGCUGGUAACACAUCAAGUUGAAUUUCUUCCAGCAUUUGAUUCUAUUUUGCUAAUAUCUAGUGGGAAGAUCAUGGAAUCCGGUACUUUUGAUGAGUUGCUGACAAAGAGUGAAGAAUUUCAGGACCUUGUUAGUGCACAAAAAACUACUUCUGAUCCUAAAUGUCAAGAAGUUCAUGCUACUAAUAAAAGGCCUAUGGAAGCUGAGAUAGAGUUUGAUAAUAAUGUUUCCUCGGAGGAACGAGAUGAUGUAGUUUCUCUAAAAGGAGAUCAAUUAAUCAAAGCAGAAGAACGAGAAGUAGGAGACGCUGGAUUGAAGCCAUACAUACAAUAUCUAAAGCAUAACAAAGGAUUCUUGUAUUUCUCCUUGGCAGUCAUUGUUCACUCAAUGUUUGUAGUUGGGCAAUAUAUACAGAGCUACAAGUUGGCUAUUGACCUUCAAGAUUCUAGUGUUAGCAGAUUAAAGUUAAUCAGGGUCUACACAGUCAUUGGCCUUAGUGUAAUACUCUUUCUGAUUUUAAGAUCCGUAUUAGCGGUAAAGCUGGGGCUUGGUGCAUCAAAAUCAGUUUACACUACACUGUCAAGCUCUCUUUUCUUUGCACCAAUGUCCUUUUUUGACUCGACGCCUUUUGGAAGAAUGCUUAGUCGGGUAUCUUCAGAUUUGAGCAUUGUUGACAUUGAGUUGCCUUUCUUACUGAACUACACUGUUGGAUCAAUCAUUAUUUCAUACUCUACCUAUGUCAUCCUGUGUUUUUUCGCUCCAGAGGUCCUGCUGAUCAUCGUGCUUAUGAUUUACGUAACUAUAUUAGUUCAGAGAUACUACAAUGCUUCUGCUAAAGAACUGAUGAGAUUAAAUGGAACGACAAAGUCUUUAGUCGCCAAUCAUUUAGCUGAAAGCAUUUCUGGGAUAAUGACUAUUCGAGCUUUUGGACAGGAAGGCCGUUUCUUUUUGAAGAACUUGGAGUUUAUCGAUAAAAAUGCUAGGCCAAUUUUCCAUACAUUUUCAGCAACUGAAUGGUUAAUUCUACGUUUGGAGAUAAUAUGCACGAUUAUCAUGUCCUCAUGGAUGCUUGGCAUGACAUCUCUUCAUAGCGGGAGCUCUGGACUUACUGGAAUGGCAUUCUCCUAUGGCCUAUCACUAAAUGCAAUACUUGUUUGGUGUGUUCAAUGUCACUGCACAUUAGAAAAUUCUAUAAUCUCUGUAGAAAGGCUAGAACAAUACAUGAGAAUACCUAGUGAAGAAUCUGAACUAGUGCAAACAAACCACCCUCUACCUGGUUGGCCUACGUGUGGCAAAGUGGAAAUUCGAGACCUAAAGGUGAGGUACAGGCCAAAUGCUCCAUUAGUUCUUCAAGGUAUUAGUUGUACAUUUGAAGGGGGACAAAAGAUUGGAGUUGUAGGUAGAACAGGCAGUGGGAAAACAACUCUUAUCAGUGCAUUGUUUCGACUAGUUGAGCCUACAGAUGGCAAGAUCAUCAUCGAUGAAUGUGAUAUUUCAACGAUUAGGCUUCAUGACCUUAGGUCGCGUGUUGGAAUUAUUCCACAAGAUGCUACACUCUUUACAGGUUCUGUAAGAUACAAUUUAGACCCCUUAUCAAAAUAUAGUGAUGACCAGAUAUGGAAUGUUCUUGACAAGUGUCAGCUUAGAGAGGCUGUCCAAGAAAAAGAAGGGGGACUAGAUUCCUCAGUUGUACAAGAUGGAUCAAACUGGAGUAUGGGACAGAGACAAUUGUUCUGUCUGGGACGCGCGUUGUUGAAGAGGAGUCGAAUUCUAGUGUUAGAUGAAGCCACUGCUUCCAUUGACAAUGCUACAGAUGCAAUUCUGCAGAAAACAAUCAGGAUAGAAUUUGCUGACUGCACAGUUAUAACAGUUGCUCACAGAAUUCCAACAGUUAUGGAUUACACUAAAGUUUUAGCAAUAAGUGAUGGGAAAUUAGUUGAGUUUGAUGAGCCAAAGAAGUUGAUAAACAAAGAGGGAUCAUUAUUUAGAAUGCUUGUUAAAGAGUAUUGGGCUCGUGUUGAAAAGUGAAAUAACUAGAAAAAUUUGAUAUUGGGGCAUAAUUAUUGUAUUUGAAUUAAUUAUAAAGUUGCAUUAUAUGGUUCACAUUUGCAACUAGGCUAUCACAAACCAACUUGAAUUGUUGGUUACUUGUAUGUCAAUGGAAAAUUAGAUACAAUAUUUAUUUGU